AAGGAUGGCGGCGUUAAGUGGGACAGGAGCUGGUGGAGGUGGUGGAGAGGCAGGUGGCCUGGACUAGCCCGACGGAUCUAAGGUCCCGGGCGCUGGAACCCCUCGCCAGGGCGUGACGGUCAUCUCAAAAGACGGAGCCCAGGUCAUAGAAAACUGGAACUGGCUGAAAAUGUUAAAGACAAGUAGGAGGAUAAGACUGCUUGGGCAGAGGUGGUGAUGGUGAUGGUGUUGGUUGGAGAGUUUUCAUCCUUCUGUACGCUGUCGCCAUGACCCUGACAAAAGGUUCCUUCACCUACUCCAGUGGGGAGGAAUAUCGUGGCGAGUGGAAGGAGGGCCGCAGACAUGGCUUUGGUCAACUGAUAUUUGCAGACGGCGGCACCUACCUGGGUCAUUUUGAGAAUGGGCUCUUCAAUGGCUUUGGGGUGCUGACCUUCUCAGACGGCUCAAGGUAUGAGGGGGAGUUUGCCCAGGGCAAGUUCAAUGGCGUCGGAGUGUUCAUUCGACAUGACAACAUGACCUUUGAGGGUGAAUUUAAAAAUGGCAGAGUAGAUGGUUUUGGCCUGCUGACUUUCCCCGAUGGGUCCCAUGGAAUACCCCGCAACGAAGGCCUGUUUGAGAACAACAAACUGCUGCGGCGGGAGAAGUGCUCUGGGGUUGUUCAGCGGGCGCAGAGCGCCUCCAAGUCGGCCAGGAAUCUCACCGCCUGACGGGCGGGCGCUGCGGUGCACCAGCUGACAAGGGUUGGGUAGAGCCGCAGCCCUGUCAUUCCCUCGGGGUGAACGGAUGAACCCGAUGUGAGAGGAGCUGGGAUGACCUUGGAGCAGAAGCCGCGUGCUAUGCCCUGCACCCGCCAGUCAGGGAGGGACGCGACCGCAGAGGAGUUCUGAGGACUCGGGCCGGGCCCGGGCCCUGCAGCGGUGGUGGUGCCAGGUCCGUCUCUCCCUCGUCUCACUUGUUGGUGUUCUCUGUCCAGCGAUGACACCCUGGGUUACCCAGCGCAGACUUGCUGCUGCCUUCUACUCCCUUCUCUGCCAAGUGAUGCAGAAUCUCUCCAUUCUGCUGAUAUUUGGGGCAGACGGUCCUAGCCCCAGACGAGGGCCAGGGCUUUGGGCUACCCUGGAGAAAUACAGAAAAAAGUAGAGACUGCGUAGACAGUGCAGCCACCCUGUGAAAGUCCAGACCGGAGCUUUUCCGUCUUGCUCCCUCGUUUGCUGCUGACGGGCGUCGUGGCUCCAGGCUGCACUUGGACCAGAUGGGUGUUGGUGUCUGCCUGUUCCCCCUGUGAGGGGUUAGGUGAAAGUGCCAUUUUCCUUUCCCCGACUUUACAGGCUGUCUUCCUUACCUGAGUUCUAGCAGAUACUCCCCAUUGUGCCUCUCUCAUUAGUUAUGGGACAGGAUCCCUUUAUGGGAUAGUCAAGGAAGAAACCAAUGCAAACAGUUAUCUUAAAAGUUGUAUUUAUUACUUAUUCCAGGGCAAAAGGCAGGCCUGUUGGGGCUAUCUGAGGCCCCGUCGUGGGGUGAACUGAAUCCUUAGGGCUGACUCGGCUCCGUCCCAGUGGACCAGUAGUUUAGGUGCAAGUGGACCCGCCCGAAAACCCGUGCGAACUGAGCGAGCGCUGGCUCCUGGCAUUUGGGUCACUGUAACUCUUCCACCAUGAGCCUUGGCCAUCUGGUGGGGGUCAGAUCUUGACGGAUAGGAUCCUGCACAGGUCAUCACAGAGGCCAUCAGUUACCCUGUGAUCCAGUCCCGCCCCGCCCCCAACCCCUUCCCCUCACACUGAAUGUCUCCUCAACAGCAGAUUGUGGUGGAAAUUAUAGCCUUGUGCCUCUGUUUAUUCUCUGAAUUGUACUGUAGAAACAAGUGUUUAUGAGGAAUAAACAAAUCACCAGAACUGCC